AUGACCUGUUCAGUGGAGAACUUAGAGAAGCAGCUCAUUUGCCCCAUCUGUCUGGAGAUAUUCACCAAGCCUGUGGUCAUCUUACCCUGCCAGCAUAAUCUCUGCAGGAAGUGUGCCAAUGAUGUUUACCAGGCCUCCAACCCUCUUUGGCAAAACCGGGGCACUGUGUCUACAGGGGGACGUUUCCGCUGCCCAUCUUGUCGGCAUGAGGUUUUAUUGAAACGGCACGGCGUAUAUGGCCUCCAGAGGAACCUGCUAGUGGAGAAUAUCAUUGAUAUCUACAAAUCUGAGUCUACCAGACCACUCCUGCCCAAAACAGAACAACAGCAGCUGAUGUGUGACCAGCAUGAGGAAGAGAAGAUCAACAUCUACUGCCUCACCUGUGAGACACCAACAUGCUCUAUGUGCAAAGUGUUCGGGGCUCACAAGGGCUGUGAUGUGGCCCCGCUGCCAGACAUCUACAAGAGACAGAAGACAGAGCUAAGUGAUGCCAUAGCCAUCUUAGUGGCCGGAAAUGACGGAACACAGGCCCUGAUCUCACAGAUGGAGGAUAUUUGUAGGACUGUCAAGAAUGCAAAGGAAGUGUUCAAGAAGUAA